AUGCAGUUCGACAGGCCCAGGAACGCCGGCGUUCGCAAUGAGCAGACGAAGCCUGGCUUGGUGGAGACCUCCUUCAGCUCCUCCUCCAUUAACCGCGCCGCGAAACCGGAGAAGAUGGUCCAAUACGACCGCAGCAGCCUUGCCUUGUCGAGAGCCGUCGUCAUCGAUGGCAGGAAGGAAUGGUGCCACGCUUUGAGGGAUCUUUUUAAGGAGAUUAGUGGGGUUCUUGACAUUUCUUUCAGUAGUACGAAACGCUGUGCAGUUGUGCACUUUACUACAUCAGUUGCUGCUCAGAUGGCACUUUACCAGCUUACCGGAUGUUGUCUGAUGGGGCGUCCACUCAAAUUUGCAUGGUUUGAUAAGAAAAGUUAUGAUCUUAACAGAGACGCUCUUCCUGUGAUGGAGUUACUCCCUGGUAGAGUACCUCACACCGUCUGUGUCGUGGGCUUCGAUACAUCUCUCAGUAUCACACAUAUCAGAAGCAUGCUUAGAUCUCAUUUCCGCCGGAAUCGACUACUUAGUGGACGAAUUAUCACCCCAGAGAAUCCGGAUUGCACAAGCACAGGGAAAGCCUUUGUGCGUUUCAAUAGCCACACUGACUUAGUCGCAGCACUUGAGCGGGAUGGGCUGGACCUGGGAGAUGGUCAUAAAAACUGUGUGUCACUAAAUGGCUUGAGCUGCUGA